CGCUUUAGUUUCCGUCCCGGCCUGUGACGUCAGUUCCGGCGCCGCGCCGUCUCCGCAGCGACCAUGGCGCUGAACGCGGGCGCGGAGCCGUUCCCGGGCGCGGCGGCGGAGCUGGAAGCCCGUCGGGAGCGGCAGGAGCGGACCAUCCUGCUGCAGGACAAACAGCAGCAGCUCUACUGCGUGGCCUGUCAGGAGCUGGACUGCGACGGGGCGGGGGGCGGCCCUGCCCCGGAGCCCUCAUCCUCCUCGCCGCCGCCCCCCCGCCAGCCGGCCGCCCCCCGCCCCGAGCACUGCGAGGGAGCAGCGACGGGGUUACGGGGGGCCCCCCCCGGGCCCCCCGGGCCCCCCGGCGAGGCGGCGGUGGGGGCGGCGCGGGCGGCCGUGCUGGAGAAGCUGGCGUGUGGGCGGCGCGGGAGCUGCCCCGCACGGCCUCGGCCGAGGGCAGCACCCAGCUCUGCGCCCUGGUGCGGGCCUGCGCCGAGGCCCUGGGGGGGCUGCAGGCCCUCGCCCCCCCCGGCAGCCCCCCAUAAACGCUCCGUCAAUGCAGAACCCACCCGUGGCCUCCUGCUCCUUAUUGGGGGGCUCCUUCCGCCGUCCCUGGGGUUGGGGGGAGGGCGUUAUGGGGCAUCUGUGGGGUGA